AUCCCCCCAUAACAGUUGUUAAUGCAUGGUUCCAUCAAUCUGUAUCUUCACAUCAAGCGUUUCCCACCAUAAAACCAUAUUUCCCAUUUUGCCCCUGAUCAUGAAAAACAGUCUUGAUAGUCCAACCAUCAAGUUCUACAUACAAUAUAUUGUAAAUGAUUGUAUAAAUCAUUAUCAGCAACCUGUUUGGCACACAAGUAGUGAAAAAGCAGGUCCUUUUUUUUUUUUUUAACUGUAGUUGAUUUUUUUUUUAAACUGUUUCCAUUUCAUUUGCAGUGCCAGAAUCAGUGAUACUUAACCUGAUUUAACCAUGUCCACAUUUUUUUUGUAGAUAUGGCUCGAGGCAGAGCUCGAGGUAGCGGAGGUCGUGUAGGAAAGUCCUCAUUAAGGUGUGAUUCUACUGGUCGUCCAAACAUGCCUACCAUUCCCAUUCCCACCACAGUUAGUCCUCAACAAGGUGGUACGAGUUUCAUAGGUGGGCCAGAUCCUAUAAACCAAGUUCAAACUUUACGUACGCCACCGGUUCAAGCCUCAGGUCGAGGUAGUCCUCAACAAGGUGGUACGAGUUCCAUAGGUGGGCCAGAUCCUAUAAACCAAGUUCAAACUUUACGUACGCCACCGGUUCAAGCCUCAGAUAUCGCUCGAGGAAAAGGUCGAGGUAGUCCUCAACAAGGUGGUACGAGUUCCAUAGGUGGGCCAGAUUCUAUAAACCAUGUUCAAACUUUAGGUACGCCACCGGUUCAAGCGUCAGAUCACGGUAGUAACCCAACCAUCCCUGAAUUAUCUCCCAUUACACCUGAUCUGAGCGACCCAGUAGAUGAGGGUACAUCAAACCAGAGCAACACUGUCAGCGAAGAAGAGUCCAGUAGUCGUCGUAGGCAGCGGACACUUACACUUGUUACUCUUACUCCUGCAGGGUUGGAACCUUCUAAAGAAUGCUCUAAUACCAUAUCCGCAUCUUUCAAAAAUCAACUUGAUCCCAAUGGAAUCAAUUGGAAAGGUGUCUCGGAAGAUACUAGAAAUUUUUAUUUUGGGGAAUUCAAGAAGACAUACCAUUGGGACUCUUCGAUUCCUGAGAGUGUAAUAAAAAAACAUUGGAAUACUAAGGCAGCAACAAAGUAUAGGAAUUUCAUUAGCAAAAUUAAACAAAAAAGGAUUAAGCCGGAUUAUGUGUCUGAUAAUGUGUGGGAACGCUGGUUGCAACUUUGGGCGGAUCCUAAGUGUGUCGAAAAGUCAGAGAUAAAUGCAAAGAAUCGUUGUGGAGGGAAAGAAGUUGUUGCCGGGACUCACACGGGUGGCUCUAUCUGCAUUGGGGAGCAUCGCAAGAGACUUGCUGUUACAAAGGGUCGAGAUCCAACACCAGGUGAGGUACAUUUGCAUGUCCAUACACAUGAUCAUGAUGGAGAAUCUUUUGUUGAUGAGCGUGCCCGAGCUGUCCAUGAAAGAUAUCAAGAAAUAUUACGGGAAAAAUCACAGUCUCAGUCUGAUAUUGAUCAAUGUGAAGCAUAUUACGAAGCUGCUGGGGGAACAAGGAAGAGAAGAAUAUAUGGUCUUGGAUCUCAAGCACAAAGUUAUUAUGGGCCGAAUCUUUGCGUCAAUUUUGCCUUUAAUGCUUCAGCAUCAGCAGCACCUUCAACUUCUCAAUCAGCACCUACAGAAAAUAUGGAGGAGUUAGUGAUGCGAUUGAUUCCUACACUGACUGAUCGCUUGCUUCCUUUAUUUAUUGAGAAGGCACGCGGAGUGAUUUCUUCACCAUCACAUCAUCCAAAUACUCCUGUCGACAAACCAUCAGUUGUGACACCCAUAGUGCCUCCUCCUACUACUGCCAACGUUGACGAUGUUGAUCCUUUAGUUUCUGAUGGUGAUCGUAGUCCUUCACCCAUGCAUUAGUUUUUUAUGUUAUUCGCUUUUUGUUGGAAAGAACAAACUUAUGCACUAACAAUACUUGAUGGAUGUGUGGGUUCUUUUGGUAGUUGAUAGCUUGGUGUUGUCGGUGUUUUGGACUUAACGAUUGGGAUUUCGCUAUCUAUUUUGAACUUUUUUUAUAAAUAUUAUUUUAUGUGAA